GUGGCGGGCCGAUAAGCCUCGCUUCAAUCACGUGGCGUGAUUAGUUGGCGAGCCGGCCGCCGCCGCACCACUGUCGCGCUAACGAAGUGGCGCGAGACUCCGUCCAUGCUUGAAGAUUAAAACAAAACUGAUUCUGCACCUUGGAACCGGUAACUUCCCGCUUUACACGCCUGUACUGCGAGUAGCUGCGCUUCCUCGCGCUUACUCGCCUGCUUGCUUCGGCGAUCCGAGAGUUUUGUUGCUGUUGCUGUUGCUCUGCUGUUUGCUGGAGUGACUUUGAAGAUUCAGCCGCAGCCACUUUUUUGGUGGUAUCGGGAUCUCUGACUCCAUCAACGUUGCGGCCAUUGUGGUCUCCGCUGCUGAUGGUAAACUGACCAUCAAGGUCAACAUUGUAACAGCAACUAAAUUUAACGAAAAUUACAGAAGAGAUCCGAUCCGCAAUGCACCGCGGUCAAAGGUGGACUGAGGAACCUCUCAUUUGGAACUUGCCUAUAUACCCAUGGAUGCUGCUAUAAUACGUGAGUCAAAACAAUGACUUUAUAUAAAAAUUAAUUUUUUAUUAGGUUAAAAUGCAGGUAACCUAAAACUAUAUAAAAAGAAGCACACCAACUUCAAGUUUCAAUCAUUAUUUUUUAAAAAUUACACAAAUACAUAUAAGGUUAAGGCAUUAAGCAUUUCCGUAAGCAAAGUCUUUAACGCUGCACGAACUGCCACGUCGAAUGUGUGUGCUGUCUCGUCGACUCCGGUUCAACUGGUUCGUCAAUUCCGGUUGCGACUGGUUCGCAGGUCUCGGGCUCAGGAACACAAGUAUCCGACUGGUCAUAUUCUUGGGUAGCGACUUUUUCUUUGAGACAUGGAUGACUUUUGCGACCACGGCUGCGACUUAUAUAUGCCUCGGUGCUUGGUAGACACGAUAACUGACAGAAUUACGACAAGACGCAAAUCGCUUGGGCAUUGAAGGUCGCAAAAGUUUGAAACAAGUCCCAGUUUGGUGUUGCACGUACAGACGCGGUGACUACCACGUCGAUGCGGGCUGGAAGCAUUUUGUGUGGUCUCAUGUGUUAGCCGGCACAGUUUCCAGGUUCGCACAAUAUAGUAGCUGCUGAGUCGGUUCGAAGGACACAGGUAGGUGUGAAAACCACCAGUGCUGAGCGCCUCCAUCACAGGUUUAUAUAUAUGUACGCAGAUACCCGGCAUCCCAGUUGCUGUACUCGACACUGCUGAAGCUAGGUCUAACGCUUACGUACACGUUUGCGGGAUGAAACGUAAACAUCUUCUUUCAAGUUUUGAUGACAACUGAAGCCACGAACUAUUGCACGCCUUUUAUAUAUUGUUACGAACGCGAGAUACCAGAUCGCGAUAUCAGGUGCGGAGCUAGCUGGCAGCCCUGCGCGUAACACGUGGCCGCCACUGACGUAAGACAUGCCAUGGGUGCCUGGCCGGAUUACAAGGGUCAUCGCUACCGCCUUCCCCCUCCGCUCAUCGGGCAUCGUCCUGGCACGGCGCCGUUAUCCGUCGCUGAACGGCCCUGGGAAUUCCGCGGGCCACGGCGUGAGUGAGUGACGAAGUUAUUCUUGACACUUCAGGCGUCGGGUCUGUGCGGGAUGACGCGACUACCCCCAGCUACGCUCGUCAUUUCUAGAAGGGCGCUAGAGACUAUUUUAGCUGGGACGCCGGCCUCCGAGACAAUUUGGGAGCGCGUGAGUUCUUGGGGCGAGUAGAGUCCCGCGGCAGUUUUGGUAGCGAGAGUGCCCCAAGUGCAACGAAGAGUUCGGCGACGGAGUUUGGCGACGGAGUUCCACGAGAAGUGUAGCCCAGUGAAAUGUGCAGUCUGUAAGAACUUGACCGACACUGAGUGACUUAAGAAUAAACAUUUUUAAGAAGAAGUAAUUGGUGAUUAGGCAAUUUUAAGCAAUAUUUAUACAAAUAUAAGUAAUCAAUAUAACUGUUUAAUAAAACUUAUUUUGGACUAUUCCUUACGAACACAGUUCUUCCCCACAUUAUUACUAAACCUUAAUAAUAUGCAGGCUCCUACUUAUAUUACGAGUGACAUUUCUACAUUAGCUACGAGUUUGCAUAGGCACAUACUCUUUCAAACUUGUCGUGUGGCUGCAAACCAUACAUUUCACUAAGUUUGCCAAGUGAAGGACAGCCGUAGUCAGUCUGCAGUUAGACUAUUUCAACUGGUGCUUCACACAACACGCACAGCCAUUUCUUCUGAUCAGGUCCGGCGACAUAAAUGAGACAAUGCGGAUUUUGCAGUAGACAAUCAACUAGAGGGUAUUUAACUUGGUGUAAUUUAAUUUCACACUCAUGCCACUUUAGGUCAUGGUAGUAUUUACAUAGCCAUUCGUUUGACAAUUUACUUUUAUCGUUCAUUUAUUUCCAGAAUAUGGAGGGCGGAAGGUGCGGGUUCGAGUCUUGUCGUCGUCCUUGCAGCGCGCUGGCGACAUGAUGACAUCACGACCCUCGUCGCGAGUCCCCUUGCCGCAUUUCCAUUUCCGGUGCGGGGAGCGCCCGGCGAGUCUCGGGGGCGGGGUUGCGCCGGCUGCACCAGGAGGCGGCCAGUAGCGCGCCGGCGGCCGACCCAGCCUCGCCUGCCUCCGGGUCCCAGGCCGGCCGGAGCAUGUGCGCGAGUUUCAUGCGUGUCUUAAAUUACAGUUUAAAAACUUAUUGCUAACCGAGAUGAUCGAGGAAUUUGAGUCUGCACUACAAAGCCUGUGGGGAAGAGUGCUACAGAGAGAAGUAAGCGCGAGCGUGGUUGCCGGGUGUGCUGGCGGUGAGCGCGAGACGGCGCGUGCGAGGGGCGCGUGCGGGAUGUAGGCGCGGCUGGCGGCGCAGCAGAGGCGGCCGCGGUGGCUCAGCUGACCGCGCGCAGCGACCCAGAGCGACGCCCGCCUACCGGAGCAUGCGGCGCCAUGCCGCCGCCGCGGACUGACGGCGCGGCUCCCGGGGCAGCAUGCGCCGACCGCACGACCAGCCCCCACACCUCGAGUGCGCCGUCGCCUGCCUGUGGCUGCUGACUCCGCUCACGGCCACGCUGUCGCUCGUCAGCGUCUGCGUCGCCAUGACGACCAACCAGUGGCUGCACACCGAGGAGAAGAUGCCCAACCCCGGCUACAACGGCACCGGCGAGAAGGACUACCUGUCCAAGGUCACAGUGUCCGGCCUGUGGACGCUGUGCUUCAGCAACCCUGGGGAACGAGAUAUGCAGUGUUAUCAUAUCGAUUACUUCCCUCGAGAAGAGUACAGUCCGGACCCGAAUGACUCUACAAUGGCCAUACCCUACGCCGUCACCAAGUCGGCAGUGUUCUUCUUCCUGGCGACGGUGAUACUGUUCGCGGCCGAGUUCUGCUGCCUGUUCGGCCACUUGGCGCGCCACAGGCGGCUCUUCACUUUCAUAUCAGGCGUGCUGUGCAUCGUGUCAGGCCUAUUGAUGCUGAUCGGCCUCGUGAUGUACAUCUCCAUCUUCAAGGCAGAGAUCGGCAGCAAGCUGAGGCCGCGCUCCCAGUUGCAGCCGCCGCUAUUCACGUACCGCUAUGGCUUCAGCUUCCUGCUGGUGGUGUCCGGCUUCAUGUCCACCGAGGUGGCUGGCACGUGCGCCAUCUUCCUCUACAUCUACUGGCACCAGCUGGAGUGGGGCCGCCAGGGUCGCCACAAGAUACCUGCCUCGUGUGUGCUGCUGGACCAGCACGCCUCCUACCCUCCGGCCUGCCGCCGCCACCCGCCGCCCCCAGCGCCAACCUUCAGGCCAUGCAUGCAUGCCUCGCCCUCCCUGCACAGGAGGUACUACCUCGAGCGCGCGGGCGACGCCGUGAGCGUAGACAGCUCGCCUUGUCCAGCUCGCUCGCACCUGCCCAUCGCCGCGGUGGCCGGCUCGCUGUGCGACAUCAGCCUGUCGUCGUCCCUGUACCACUUGCCGCCCGCCGGCGCCGCCUGCCCGCACUACUACCCGCGCCUCGCGGCAGAGGAGCUGUGCGGGCUGCCCCCAGCCCUGGGGUCGCCGGCGCGCCCCCCGUGCCGCCACGGCUCCGCGGUGUCGUUCCCGCGCGACGCCACCACCAACACCGUGUCCACCACGGCCGACAUUAACUCCUGCGGCGGCGAGGGCGCGCUCGACGACGAGGACGGCGAGUACUCGCCGUCGCUGCAGCACGAGAACGAGUUCGUGACGUUCGACAUGGACGACCAGCCGGCGGUGCCACCGCUGCCGGCCAGGCCCCUGGUCGAGGACGCGCUCCGCCGCAAGGAGUUCGGCCUGGACGCCCUGCGCCGCACCACGCCGGUCUAGUCCCCGAGUACCACCGAGCGUUCGAGGCGCUCCCCGUGUAGGACUGCGUGGUUAAGGCACCGCUGCCGGCCAGGCCUCUGGUCGAGGACGCGCUCCGCCUCAAGGAGAUCGGACUGGACGCCCUGCGCCGCACCACGCCGGUCUAGUCCCCGAGUGCCACCGAGCGUUCGAGGCGCUCCCCGUGUAGGACUGCGUGGUUAAGGCGCCGCUGCCGGCCAGGCCCCUGGUCGAGGACACGCUCCGCCGCAAGGAGUUCGGCCUGGACGCCCUGCGCCGCACCACGCCGGUCUAGUCCCCGAGUACCACCGAGCGUUCGAGGCGCUCCCCGUGUAGGACUGCGUGGUUAAGGCACCGCUGCCGGCCAGGCCUCUGGUCGAGGACGCGCUCCGCCGCAAGGAGUUCGGCCUGGACGCCCUGCGCCGCACUACGCCGGUCUAGUCCCCGAGUGCCACCGAGCGUUCGAGGCGCUCCCCGUGUAGGACUGCGUGGUUAAGGCGCCGCUGCCGGCGAGGCCUCUGGUCGAGGACGCGCUCCGCCGCAAGGAGUUCGGCCUGGACGCCCUGCGCCGCACCACGCCGGUCUAGUCCCCGAGUACCACCGAGCGUUCGAGGCGCUCCCCGUGUAGGACUGCGUGGUUAAGGCACCGCUGCUGGCCAGGCCUCUGGUCGAGGACGCGCUCCGCCUCAAGGAGAUCGGACUGGACGCCCUGCGCCGCACCAUGCCGGUCUAGUCCCCGAGUGCCACCGAGCGUUCGAGGCGCUCCCCGUGUAGGACUGCGUGGUUAAGGCGCCGCUGCCGGCGAGGCCUCUGGUCGAGGACGCGCUCCGCCGCAAGGAGUUCGGACUGGACGCCUACUAGCAUAUGAUGCCGACAUAGUGCUUGUUCUUGGACACUCAUCAAGCCUUUCUUAGUGCAUAAUCAUGAAAUUGCUAUAAGGCUGAAAUAAUAACAUAAAUUCUAACUUCAUGGAUAACAUUGUAAAGGACUGUUCGUGGUAACAUCCAACGCAAGAAUUACAAAAAAUAUUUACAACAAUUUUUUUUCCUUAA